AUAAGAAAAUUGCGGGAAAAUUUAGAGUCGCGAAGUCAGAUAAACUAUCAUAUCAACAAAUCAAGAUGGAAAUGUCGGAGUUUGAAUCCGACAACAUGAAGAAUUGUGUUAUAGAAUCAACAAUACCCGACUGUAUAAAAACAGAACCGUGCUGGCUGGGAAUCGACGAGGCGGGCAGGGGACCGGUUCUAGGUCCUAUGGUCUAUGGAAUUUGUUUUAGUCCACUGUCACUUCGUGAAAAAUUUGGAGAAAUGGGAUUUGCUGAUUCAAAAACAUUGACUGAAGAAGAGAGAGAAGGCAUAUUUGAAAGAAUAUGUGCAGCUUCGGACAUGAUGGCUUGGAUUGUGGAAUUAUUAUCCCCAACUUUUAUCUCUAAUGGAAUGUUAAGCAGAUCAAAAUACAACCUGAAUGCAAUAUCGCAUGACUGUGCAAUACGUCUGGUGCAGCGGGCCUUGGAGCUUGGUGCCAACAUAGCAGAGGUUUAUGUUGAUACAGUAGGAGACCCAGAGAAAUACCAAGCCAAACUAAGGAACCUUUUUCCCAAUAUCCAGAUCACUGUAGCCAAGAAAGCUGAUUCCCUGUAUCCCAUUGUUAGUGCUGCCAGUAUAUGUGCAAAGGUUUGUAGGGACAGGGCUCUGUCAAAAUGGCAGUUUCAGGAGAAGAUAACUGUGCAUGAGGAUGGAUAUGGAAGUGGAUACCCUGGAGACCCCAAGACAAAGAGGUUUUUGUCAGACAGUAUGGACAAGGUGUUUGGUUUCCCUCAGUUUGUCAGGUUUGGUUGGUCCACAGCGUCCGUGAUGCUACAGAAAAGUGCUGUUGAUGUUCAAUGGGAUGAUGAUGAAGAAGAAGACAAAGAUGCUGUCAAGUUGACCUCUUUUUUUCAGAAGAAAGGACAUGAUCCAAUGCUAGAUAGACAUUCCUAUUUCAAAGACAGAUGUCUGACUUCUUGUGAAUCUUUUUAAUCUUUCAGUGUCAUUAAAGUUAUUUAACCAUAA